GGAAGUCGAAGCAGGGCGCUUGUGGAGUGCAUAAACAUCGUCGGUGCCAUGGGAGCUCACCUGGUCAGACGGUAUGUCACCGAGACAGAAACCGAGCCGGACCCAGCGAGGAAAUUUGAGUUCGACCCCCAGACUGGCUUUCCAGAGAGGAAAGAGAGAGAGAUGGUAUCAAGCCAGGACCAGAUGAACUUGGCCCAGCUGCCCUUGGAACAGAGGGACUACUGUGCCCAUUACCUCAUGAAACUGAUGAAGUGCAAGAGGGACAACUGGCCCAACUUCCUGGCCUGCAAGCAUGAGAGACAUGACUGGGACUACUGCGAACACCAGGACUAUGUGAUGCGUAUGAAGGAGUACGAGAGAGAGAGGAGGCUCCAGCUGAGGAAGAAAAGAAUCGAGGCUCAGGCUGAAGCUGCAUGAUCAGUACAUCCUCCGAUAAGUCUUCUCUGUAUAUACGUACGCUGCAUACGCUGUUCACAAUAAACAAUAUUGUUCAAGCUCUACAACCUUGUUUUUUUU